GGGUUUGUUCUUCUGUUUUCUCUCAUACUGUUUGUCCUAGAAUUUCAACACUAAAUGGGUUUUAGUGCUUCCUGAAAAGCGUGCACUCAGGGUUGUGUGGACGUGUGAAACUGAUGACACGAAGUUGUUGUUGAAUGUGUCGUUGCAGCAGACUGGGACAUUUUUAGAUGACAUCAGCUUGGAUGUUGUCCUCAAAUUGACCGUGACGCUUCGCUCUGAGGGCAUUCUUGUUUGCUCUUCAAUGAAAAGACAAACAGGAAGUACAGACACUUCCUAUUUGCACACAGUCUAACUUCCUGCAGACACGUGUUACCGACAGAGCGUUGAUGAUGGGUGUCUUUUCUCUUCGCGUCUAGACGUUGGGUUUUAGGGUGCCAAGCGCCCCUCCUCAGUGUCCUCACUGAGUGGGAUUGUGGGUAGGAUGAUGUCCUCGGGCGAGCGAGGAGCCUCGUCCUCCUCGUGCACGUCCGUCAACACCGUCUGCUCCGACUGUGAGCGUCCCGCCUCGCUGUCCUUGUCCUCCUCAACCUCCUCGGUGUCCCUCCAGGAUGCCUCGCACUCCUCUUCCUCCUCAUCUUCCUCCUCGCUGCCGUACGGCGCCGUGCCCGCAUACACCGCCUCUUUGUCUUCAUCUUCAACGCCCAAGAGGAACGGCUCUGACAUCAGCCUGGACCUCACUCCCCUCGUCACACCGCACGGAGCAGGCGGAGGAGGAUGCGUUGCCAAGGUGAGCGGAGGCCACGCCCCCACCGGACAUCUGGCCAAUCCCGUGGCAGUGGCCUCAGGGGCCCCGCCCAGGCAGCUGUCGCGGCUGGAGCGAGUGGUGAUGGAGAUCGUGGAGACGGAGCAAGCAUACGUGAGAGAUCUGAAGAGCAUCGUGGAGGACUAUCUGGGCUGCAUCAUCGACUGCGGUGGUCUUCCUCUGGCGCCGGAGCAGGUCAGCACGUUGUUCUGCAACAUUGAGGACAUCUAUGAGUUCAACAGCGAACUUCUGGAGGAUUUGGAAAGGAGCCCCCACGCCGCCGCCAUCGCCGACUGCUUUGUGGAAAGGAGUGAAGCUUUUGACAUCUACACGCUGUACUGCAUGAACUACCCCAAUUCUGUGGCGGUUCUGAGGGACUGCAUGAAGAACCAAAGCCUAGUCCGCUUCUUCCAGGAGAGACAGACAACUCUAAACCACUCCUUACCUCUGGAGACGUACCUCCUCAAACCUGUGCAGCGCAUCCUCAAGUACCACCUCCUGCUUCAGGAACUUUCCAAACACUUGGACAAGAGCGAUCCGGGCUACGAGGUGGUGGAGGACGCCAUCAUCACCAUGACGGCGGUGGCCUGGUACAUCAACGACAUGAAGAGGAAACAGGAGCACGCCAUUCGCCUGCAGGAAAUCGAGUCCCUCUUGGUGAAUUGGAGCGGUCCAGACCUGAGCGGCUUUGGUGAGCUGGUUCUGGAAGGUUCCUUUAAGGUGCACAGAGUAAAGAAGGAGCGAGCAUUCUUCCUGUUUGACAAGAUGUUGCUGAUUGCCAAAAAGCGCGUGGAGCAGUUUGUGUACAGCACGCACAUCUUUUGUUGUAAUCUCCUCCUCGUCGACACGCUGAAGGAGCCGCUGUGUUUCCGAGUGUCCGACCAGAUGAUCCCCAAACAGCAGCACGUGGUCCAGACUAAAAACAUGGAGGAGAAGAGGCUGUGGGUACACUACCUAAAGAAACUCAUCGUUGAAAACCAUCCCGCUUCUCUCCCACACAAGGCCAGACAGGUUCUCGGAGACAACUUCUAUCAGUCCCCACACCUGGGCCAGGACCAUCUGAAGAAGUCUUCAGCUUCUCCACAACUGGACGACAUCCACGCCUAUCACCGCGGCAGACGGCAGUCAGAACCACCAGAACUGCUAACAUACACACCUGAAAAAAGCAGGAAGGGUCUGCCGCUGCUGCUGGAGGGAAAUCUGCCUUACAGACGCACCAGGAGGCAGUCAGCUCCAGCCAAGGACAUCGAAGCAGCUUUUCAUCCACACGGUGAGCAAAUCCUGUCAAUCAGUCAAUCUACCAAGUGCUUACCAGCAGUUUUAGCUUCUAAAAAGAAGAAAAUGAUGAUUCACUUAUCAUUCAUGAGACCCGUCUCGGGCUAACGCACGAGUGAAUUUUCUAAUGGGAUGUCAGUUCUGCACACAUUACUACAAACUCCUCUUGAACUGUAAUGCCCGUGCUUGUCACCAAUACAAUUCCAAUUGCGUUAUUAAGGUAUUUUUAUGACACCCUUAUUUUGUUUACACAAUUAAACAGUAUGUGUUAAACAGCGCUCUUAUUUUAAAGGCCAGAAGUGUGUGUUGAGAAUGUCUGUUGACGGUUAAGACAAGCUGGUAGCAAAAUAAACGUGCCUUUCAUUCUUGUUUCACUCAGAACUUGCACGACAUCAGCGGGCAUCCUAAAACGCUUGUUUGCAUUAACAGGCGGUAAAACACAACACGGUGUAAACACACCCAUGCAGCCUGACUCGCACGCAGAUGCACUAGCAUGCUCUGCUAAAGUAAGCUAACCUCACUAACUUCCAUUCAUGAUGAGUUUUGAAAUUUUUUGGCCAACUUUUGCUGGUGUUUCAGGUCGCCGUUUUGGCAUUUUUAGUUUGGGAGGGGCCAGGCUGGUUUUUGUAAUGAGAUUCCACCACGAUUGAGCGGUCCCCCAGAAAUGCUUCCCCAGUCAAACGUUCCUCCUCCUCACGAUGACAGCAUUUCAUUUGCAUUAUGUCAAUUUCCGCAAGAUUCCGCAUUUAGCAGUAGAUUCCGUUUUUAUUGGCUGAUUCCAUCCGUGAUUCUUCCAUCCAUCCAUUUUCUAUGAUGCUUAUCCUCAUUAGGGUCACGUGGUAUGCUGAAGCCUAUCCCAGCUGACUUUGGGCGCCAGCCAAUCGUAGCCACCCGUGAUUCUGUAAUGCAGAAUGCAUGGGGACUGUAAUAAGAGAUAGAAGUGGUAAUCUUACGAGAAAAAAUGUUUUACAAGAAUAAAGUCGUAAUAUUAUGAUGAAACAAAAUAUUUUAGAAGCAUAAAGUUGAAAUAUUAAAAACAAAAGAGAUGUUAUUUUUUUCAAAAGUCGAUCAUGACAAUCAUGACAACAAACAAAACAGAGUAAAUGUGCAAUUAGGUUAGGAAAUUGUAAUAUAACGAGCAUAAAGUCAAAAUAUUUUGGGAUAAAGUCAUAAUAUUACAAGAAAAAAAAUUCAUGAGAAUAAAGUUGAAAUAUUUGUUAAAAAUAAUGUGUUGUAGGUAGAAGUUCAUAUUAAUAAUACACUUUGUCACCUAUAACACAAAGCUUCAGAUGGAGUCUGCUUUUUGUUUAAAUACAUCAAACUUCUUAGCAUAUAUUCAAAAUGUUAAAUAUCAAACUGGCCCCCAUACGUCCCUCAGUGGAAAACAUUUGGGCACCCCAUGCCUUAGGCAAAGUGUGUAUUUUAUUAGUUCAGAUCCUUCUUAAAGGUUUUAGGUCCCUCCGAUUGGCCGACCAGCUUUAUCUUAGGUCGAGGAAAAGGCUUC